UUAUUAAUCAUCUGCAGUCGAACAGGACAAACUUCCCUUCCCUACCUGCGACUGCGAGACGAUACGAUACGAUAUAGAGAGUGAGUGACUGAGCGCAGGCAGCCAUCCAGCCAUCCAGCCAUGACUUUUUCACUGCCCAACAAUCCUUUGAACUCUCUCUGCGCCCCUCACAAUUCGGAUCUGCGCUCGCCGGAGCUCUUCCUCGCCAAGGGCUGCCGCAUCGGAGCCAGAAAGUAUGCUAACACUGUAAGCCUUACUAUCGACGCCGCUGUUACUGGCCAAAAUAGAUGCGAUGUCCAUCGGAUUGUGUGCAAAGCGGUUUCUGUUGAACCGCAGACGGAGAUUGAAGGCCUUAACAUCGCUGAAGAUGUUACUCAGCUUAUCGGGAAGACACCAAUGGUUUACUUGAACAACAUUGUUAAAGGUUGCGUUGCAAAUAUUGCUGCGAAGCUUGAGAUUAUGGAGCCAUGCAGCAGUGUCAAAGAUAGGAUAGGGUACAGUAUGAUUGCUGAUGCUGAAGAGAAAGGGCUUAUAACUCCUGGAAAGAGCGUCUUGGUUGAACCGACCAGUGGAAAUACGGGAAUUGGUCUUGCAUUUAUAGCUGCUUCAAAAGGCUACAGGCUCAUCUUGACAAUGCCCGCUUCCAUGAGUCUUGAGAGAAGGGUUCUUUUGAAAGCAUUUGGAGCUGAGCUAGUUUUGACCGAUGCAGCCAAAGGCAUGAAAGGAGCUGUUUCAAAAGCUGAAGAAAUAUUGAAGAAAACCCCAAAUUCUUACAUGCUCCAACAAUUCGACAAUCCUGCAAAUCCCAAGAUUCACUAUGAAACUACCGGACCCGAGAUUUGGGAAGAUACUAAAGGCAAGGUAGACAUACUUGUUGCUGGGAUUGGUACUGGUGGAACCAUCUCAGGUGUUGGUCGUUAUCUCAAAGAAAAUAACCCUAAAAUUAAGGUUAUUGGCGUGGAACCGACUGAGAGCAACAUACUAUCUGGUGGAAAACCUGGCCCUCACAAAAUUCAAGGAAUUGGGGCAGGUUUUAUUCCAAAGAAUUUAGAUCAAGAUGUGAUGGAUGAAGUUAUAGAGAUCUCGAGCGAUGUAGCUGUGGAAACUGCGAAGCAACUAGCACUUCAAGAGGGUUUACUGGUGGGGAUUUCUUCCGGCGCUGCAGCAGCUGCUGCAAUUCAAGUAGGAAAGAGACCAGAAAAUGCUGGAAAGCUUAUCGCGGUAGUGUUUCCAAGCUUCGGAGAACGGUACUUAUCCACACUUCUUUUCCAGUCCAUCCGGGAAGAAUGCGAAAAAAUGCAACCAGAACCCUGAAUAUCAAUCCUGUCCUAAGAAUCUCCCACAACAGCUUUGGCAAUUCUAUGUAAAACACUCCAUAUUCUAGUCUGGUAUUUGAAUAAUUUCAUUCUAUAGCAAGUAUUACAUAGUGGUAUGUGUUUUUUGAUA